ACAAAUCCUCAGCAGCAGCACGUGAGAGGUGGAUUUCCAUGGGAUAUGGACGCUGUUUGUCCUUAAAACAGUGCAAUGACAGCUUGCAGUAUUUUACUAACCCGGCAGGUUUUGCCUCUUGGACAUAAUUUACGGCGUGACUUACCUGUGAAGACCGUUUGCUCUUCCACGCGCGACGAGGUUCGCUUGGCACAGGAAGCCAGCAGGAAAUACGGAAAACCUGAACCCACUAUAUUUUCUAAAAUAAUUGACAAAACUAUCCCUGCAGUUAUCAUUUAUGAGGAUGACAAGUGUCUAGCUCCUGUGCAUUUCCUGGUUAUUCCAAGGAUUCCCAUUCCCAGGAUCAGUGAAGCACACGAUGAUGAUGCAUCGCUCCUGGGUCAUCUUUUGAUAGUGGCCAAAAACGUAGCAAAGAAAGAAGGACUGGAUGAAGGAUACAGAGUUGUCAUUAAUGAUGGAAAAAAUGGGGCACAGUCCGUGUAUCACCUUCACAUUCAUGGUCUUGGAGGACGGCAAAUGAAAUGGCCUCCAGGAUAGAUGGACCUUCUGUCAGAAUAAAAGUAAUGGUCUGCAUUUUUGGAGGAGACAAGCAUAACUGAAAUACAAAAUGAAAAUUUGUUGGAAAUUACCAAAAAAAAAAUUUGUCAAAUGAGAGAGUGGGAACUAUUUUCUACAUUAAAAUUAAUUUGACUGGUUUUCAGUCUUCCAGUCAUUCACUGGGUAAUAAAAAUGUUCUGGUGAAUUUUGCAAGAUUCACAGUUGAUAUUGGCUUUUUGCACAAUGGGUAUUAAAUGUUUGGCAUAUGCAGAAGAUG